AGCGAUUCUCACCAAAACCAUUCAUCUCACGCAUUAUAACCGCUUCUUUUGCCACCAACCUCGCUGUCGCCCCUUGUGUUGAGUUGAUAUACGUGUAUAUCAAUAAUCCGAGGUGUUGUCGCUCUCACUGUCGCUCUCACUGUCGCUCUCGCCGCUGCAAUGCCUUCACGAACGCGUCCGGCGCGUGUGUCUAGGCCUACACCGAAGGUGGCCACUGCUGCCGCACCUACUGCCACUCCUACUGCCGCUCGCGCUCCUGCUCCUGCUCCUGCUACACGCAAAAGGAAGGCGAAGAAGCAGGCUAGCCGACACGCUCCUUCAAAGGCUCGCCGCCGAGCAACAGACGCGUCUGCUUCCACUGCCGCAGCCUCUCAAUCAAAGGACGCGUCUACUGCUACAGCCGCUGUAUUGAAUCAGAUUGAGGCCGCGGACAACGACGAUUUUCAAUCGCUACACGACUCGGAUCCGGACGCUGAGGCGGUUGAUUUGACAGUGGAUCCGUCCACGUUUGAGUAUGAUGUAGUGUGGCGCCUUGUCGCGAGCCGCAGUCAAAGGGAGCUGGCAAACAGGCGAAAGAGCUGCAAAGGCGACCAGCCGGUGUAUGGUAUAGCUCAAGAGUGGGCCGCUCUACAGGCUGGCAAGGAGUAUAAAAUCACUCGCUUGUCUGCAACUGCGUCGUAUGAGGAUCAGCCGAUUCGGAAGCACUACAAGACGGAUAUUGAGCACCUGUCCGAGUAUAAAGAGCUCGUAGAGCGUCUUAUGAGCUGGCAAAAACACGGGUGGAUCGAUCCCUGUAUAACACUGCAGUGGUUUUAUGAGCGCGAGAAGUCAACUGCAGCGCCACCGAGCAGUAGCCCUACUGUCUCAACUCACUGCCGCCCAACUACUACCACUCGCCAGGAGGCGCUGGUUCCUUCGCAGAUUGAAGAGCUAGAAGCUCAAGGCGACUACAGCUCAGGGCUGCGGCUCUAGUGGGCCUGUACACUGCAGGCUUGUCCUAAUUACGGUGAUGGCAAUAACGGUUAUUGCUAUUACUGCUUCACCAACGUACCUGACAACCACUGCCCCUUCAAUAAGGACAUCUUCGCCGACUGGGCAGCUGAAAUCAAGGCCGGCAGGCUGACAGCGAUGGCGCCAAACCUGGAUAUCCACAGUGCUCUUCAUAAGAGCCAGGCUCGUAUGAGGCAGAAGUCCUACAACCAUAAGAAGUCAGAGCCGCCGCCGCCUCCACGCUCUCGUUCGCCUGAGCGACGUGGUAAGGAGCCAUGGCCUUACUUCUACCCCUACCCGCCGCCAGGUAUGCCGCCUCCUUAUCACACUGCUGGUGGUGCUAUACCAGAGCCGCCAUCCUCACAACCUAGCUCUUCAGCUCCUACCGAGCGUGUGGAUCGGUUUCUUGACUGGUGUGCUGAGCGU